AUGCACAAUAUUUUAAUUCAUAGAUUUUGCAAAGAUGGGAAGCUUGAGAUGGCAAAGAAUCUAUUUGGUAAGCUUCAUUCUAGAGGUUUGCGGCCUAAUGUUAAUACUUAUACUAUGAUGAUUGGUGGAUUUUGUGAACAAGGGCUUUUGGGUGAAGCAAAAGAGUUACUGAUGACAAUAGAAGAGACCGGUUGUUUGCCGAAUUAUGCAACUUACAAUGUUAUGGUCUGUGGAUUCCUUAAAGCAAAUGACUACAGCGAAGCAAAUAUACUUGUGGAGAAAAUGAUUGGGACGGGGUUUUCAGUAGAUGCAUCUACUCUGGCUACAAUAGUGGAUCUACUCUCAGCUAAAGGUCAAGAUCCUACACUCUUUCAAAUGAUUAAAAAGUUGGUUCCCCAGGAUAACACUGAAGGAAUUUGUUAA